CUUUUUUUUUUUGACAAAAUCACCUUCACAUCUUGCUCUGCUAUUAAUUGAAUCUCAUCGUUUGGUUGUAGGUUCUUUAGUCGCUUCAGUCCUUAGAGCCUUAGUUACUUCUGAUUCGUGAGAGAAAAGCAAGAAAAGAAAUCGAAAAUAAUUUAAUCUGGUUUGAAAAUGAGCAUACUUUUCUCAAGCAGUAAUGUUAGGCCAAGAAGUCAUGUUCUAGUUGAACAACUCGAGAAAAUAGCUUUGGAGUUGCUUUAGGAGCAAACCAAAGACACUUAUGUUCUGUCUGUUAUUGAAGUUGUUACUUAAAUAAUUGAGUAAACGCAAGACAUGGAAAAUGCAUUUUUUUUUUGGUUUCAAUUCCAUCAAAUUAUUCUUCCAAAUCCCAUAUUCGGUCCCAGAAUCCAACUCUUAAAAUAUGAUUAAUUUAUAUUUUUCUUAUACUAAAUAAUUAGGAGAGAGAGUGACACGAGUCACUCCACUACCAAAGCUUUUUUUAUUUUUAUUUUUCCUUUGUUUGUCUUCUAUUCGAUUCCGCUUAGAAAAGUUUCGUGUUGGGUUUGGUUUCGAUCGAUUCUUGAAAUCAGUUCUGGUGGAAAAAAAAUCCCAGUUUAAAAAGUGAACACAUCUCUAUCUAUAUAUCUCUAAAGCUAUAUCUUCUUGUUGCCAUUAACGAGCUGGGUUUGCUCCAUAACAGUGAUUCUGCCAUCUUCAGAUUUCACUUUAUAAGGUUUUUCUUUGCAACUUUGCAGCGCCAGUAAAGAUGUUGAAAACAAUCUGUUGGAUUCAUCUAACGUGGACAUUGCUAGCAAUUCUACUACGAGUAUAGAAGCUGUUUCUACUAGCCGAGGCCAUGGUUUGGCUUCACCAGAAGAGCUUAUGAAGAUAUACAACACUAUCUCACACAACGAAUGUGCUCUUGUCUUCCGGAGACGGCUUGAUAGUCAGAAAAGGGCAAGGUACAAGAAACUGGUCAGGAGGCAUAUGGACUUAGACACUAUAAAAUCAAGAAUCAACGGUCGUUCGAUAUCUUCAGCUAAAGAGCUUUUCAUGGACUUUCUUCUGGUGGCUAACAAUGCAGCCAUUUUUUACUCUAAGAACACUCGUGAGCACAAAUCCGCUGUCUCCCUCAGAGACAUUGCCACCAAGUCUCUACGACACUAUUUGACACAAGACCAUCAUCCUCCUCCUAACAUUACUACAAGCACCAAGGUUUCUGUUCCCGCUUUGACAUCUAAAUCUCCUUGUGUCCGAACCAGCGUGGGAGUUAAAAAACCAAGAACGGGGGCACACGCUCUUAAGAAGGUUGAGCAGGAUUUGGUGAAGACGACUUCAAGUGGUGGUAAAAAAAGGCUUAUACCAGAUUCACCACCAGUUGCUGCUGUGAAAUCCUCAGCGGCGGGUAAGAAAGUUACGGCGGUAGAGAGGAGAAGAAGAGAUGGUAAUAAACAAGUGAGCCGUGGACUUGAUUCUCCUGCAUUGACAGGGAGAAAGCGGAGUAGGGUGAGAUGAUUUUGUUUCGUUUUGAAGUGUUUGUUUCUUCGUAUGUUGUUGGUAGUUAGGCAGAAGAAAGCCUUUAUUUUUAUCUUUGUAGUUUUUAUAUGUGGGUCAGUUUGAUCUGCAGACAGAUAUAUACCCUCUGAUCACUGGUGAAACUAAUAACACCACCUAACUGUUUAUAUAAAAUGUUACAUCUCAUACGUAAUCUUCUCGUUAAA